AGAUUAAAACUAAUGUGUUAAAGUUGGUUUUGGAAUGUUUAUAGAAUGUAAUAAUAUAUAACGAAAGUAGGUCAGAUUAUGUUAAAUUGAGUCUUAAAUCCAAAAAAGGCAAUCAGCAGAGACAGUAACUUCCCAACUUGCCCUGAGAAAAAACUCUCCUGUUAUUUAUUGAUUUUCUUCAUUCUCAGCAACAGAGAUAUUUCUAGUGGUACUUUUCAUUGUUAUAGUGUGGGCCUAUAAGAUGGAUGCCCUAUCGGAGGAUCACUCUGGGCUGCUCCUCGACGGUGAUAAUGAUGGAGAAUCAAGAGGUGGUUGUCAGUCCAGUAGUAACAAUGGCGGCAAUUGCAAUAUUAAAAUGUCCGGAGGCAGCAAGCAGAAGGCAUCGAGCAUAGCUCUUAAAGCGGCUCAGGAGGCGAAAGCCGCUUCGGAUUCGCAGGUUGCAGCCGCCGAGGCAGCUGCCCGUCAGGUGAAGCAGCAACUGGCCGAAAAGGCAUUCGCUGCAGCCAAAGCAGCUGAAGCUGCUCUGGCAGGGAAACAGCAAAUAGUUGAACAACUGGAAACGGAGGUGCAAGAGGGAGAAUUGGUUGUAAAUGAGGAAGGAUCUGCAUUGCAAACAACUCAAGCAACUUGCGCUGCAGCCUCUGCAGCUUCAACUCAGUCGGGCUUGCAACUGAAAGCCCUUACAGAUGCCGUAAAGAAUGCCAAGGAUAAUGUGCAGAAUUCGGAACUUGCCGCCAGUGGAGCGGUGCAAGAGCUGGGCGAGAAACAGCAGCUUGUCGAGGCCGCCAAGAAGCGUGUGGAGUUGCUUCUCAAGCAACUGGAAAGUGCAAAAUCGGAUUUCAAAAAUACCAAAAAGGCUGCCGAACGAGCUGCUUGCGCUGCCCAAGAAGCCAAACAACGCGCUGUACGAGAACGUCGCCGAGCCGAGCAACGCGACAAAUGGAGACAUCAACAUACAAAACUUAGGGAUUAAGUGUUAUAUUUUUCUAUUAAAUUGGCCUACUAAA